AUGCAGCCAUGGCCUAAGCGCUUGCCAGGGACUGGUCGGCCGGUCAGGGUGCCGACAGGUGAAGCCUUGCCAUCCGCGUCCUCUGCGGCAGUCCAGCGGGCCACUGUGCGCGCAGAAGCGACAGCCAAGAGCCGCAGCAGAAAGAGAAAGGCCGCUGCGGCGGCGCCAGACAGUUCAAAGUCGCAGGCGACGAAGAGGGUACGUUCGAGUUUUGGCUCUCGAGAUGCUGCUCUCGACGUCGGUGCGGUGGCGCAAAGGCUCGCAGCGGGCCGCUCAAGCCACAACUACGUGCUUCUACUCCAGACCUCUUUGCUCAGUGCGAUCUCGACGGAGCAGUUGACUUCUCUGCCUGCCUGGGUGCUCGGAGAUGUCGUAACGUGUAGGUCAGCAGAGUUGUCCAGUGUGCGCUUGCAGCACGAGGUUGUAGAGGUGGCGCGGGGCCGCGUGGUCGUGAAAGAGUUCUGCGAUGCUGCCGAUCCUGCCCAAGCAGUGCACCGCGCCAGGGCCAAGGCCGCUGAGGCUGCGUCUGUUUCUGAAAGCAGGACGCUUAGCUGGAUGUCAGCGCAGUCGCAGCCGCUCGCUCGAAGAUCGCUGAAGCCAGCAGCUGCAGAGCUGCAUGAAAAACGCUUUCCGGGUCACCGGGUGCUGCCUCGCGCAGACCGUCAGCGCUUUGAGUUUACACUAGAUGUGCCUUGCCCCCAAAUUUGGGAUAUGACCCCGUGGCGGUGCCGCAGCUGCGACUCCGAGACUUGGCAGGUGACACCUGCCGACAUGGAUGCCGAGUGCUCUCGUUUGGGCCUAGGCGCAGUGAUUCGCUGCGAGGAUACUAGGCACGGCAAGGUGUCUGCCUCUCCCUUGCUUCUGUUUUGGCUGCUCUUCAUGUUGUACAGCAACUUAAAUUUGCAUGCAGUGCGAAGGAAGCUACUGGAUCUGUAUUCAGCCUCCGUGCUGCAUGCCGCCCAGAUGACUCCGACGCACAGGUACUCCGUUGCUUUGGGCUGGUGCGGGGUCGAUGGCAGCUUGUUGGCGCCGGUGUCCUUGGCUGAAGCGGAGUCCUGGCCCUGCGUUGAGGCGUCCUUGGGCCCGCUGUUAAGGAAGAUCAAGCGCGCCCGGCUGCAGGCCGGAUUCAGCUUAGAAGAGUCUUUGCCGUGCUUCCAUGCCACGGACUCGUAUCACAAGCAUCGGCAAAAGCUUUGCAAGCUCUACGGCCGUGUGUGGCAGGAUCUGCGGGUAGAGGGACGGGCGCCCACCCGCUGCAAAGAUGCUUAUGGUAAGAUUGCCGUUGCUUCCGAGGCGGCAUCUGGCGCCACGGCCGCAGACUUGGCCGUCACGCACGCAGCUCAGGAGUUAUUGCGCGCGUGUGUGAAAGAAUCGGCGGCAAAAGUGGCAGAGGCGGUGGCGAGUGCACCUGCAGAAGCGCAGGAGCUGCGUGCGCUGCUUGCUUGCGAGAACGGUCAGGACCACGAGGUUUGGCCCGCCCUUUUCAAAGCCGCUCCUCCGCAUGGCGUGCUUGCGCGCACAGCGAGGCUGCUGGGGGCAACGCUGCCGGCCAAGCAUGGGUACUACAAUUAUCAGAGCAAGGAAGACUUUCUCGAUGAGGUUCGGCGCAUGGAAGCGUGGCUGCAAGGCCUCAUGCGGGAAGCUGCUUUAGCGCUGCACGCAGCAGGCAUUGAGUCGCACUCUGGGACAAUCCCUGUUGAGCGGCUGUGGGCGAACAUCGGCAGGUUCAUUCCAAAGGAAGCAACGAACAUCAGUGAGGCUUGGUGGUCUUUCCUAUCCAACCUGGCAUUCUUGCGAUUCAAUUACCGCCACUUCCACAAACAUGGAUUGCCCGGCUGGGCCCGGGAAGACACGCUGGUGCACGAACAGGUAGAAGGCGUCAUGAAGUUGGCGGAGGCAGUCUUGUUCGGAGGCGAGGAGUCGUUGGCCGUGGAGCUGGGCGCUUGGGCAACUAGCAUGGGCUGCGGUCAGCCAAGUCUAGCGUCUUCAGGGCAAGAUGAUGUGGAGGCGGAAGCCGCGAGCACGCCAGACUUGUACUGCCGAGUGCUAAAGCCAAUGUGGUGCCGCGCCUUGGCGAGCGGAGAAAAGAUGUUUGAGGCCCAGAGCUACAGGGAGAAAAAAGGCAACGCCAUGAAAUUCGCCAAAGCUGGAGUGUGGGUUUUGUUUGGAGAAAGCGGCUCGGAGCAAGUGGCUGGGGCUGCUGUGCUGGCAGGCCCAGCAAUGCGAAAUAUCAAGCUCGCCGAGAUCCAGGGCCGUGUGGGCUCUUUGCCUCAGCACUUGCAGGCCCCUUUCUCCGAGUACAUAGCAGGGGCAGUUAAGGUUGAUUUGGUUGACGUGCAGAUCGUCUAUGACCUGAGGCCUCUAUCUUUGAGCUGGGGGCAAGUAGCCGCCAUGUUGAAAUGCAAAGUGUCCCGCAACAUCGGUUUCACCAGAGUGAGAUGCCAGGAUGAAGCAGCUUGGCAGCGGUUCCGCGAACUCGUGGCAGACGAGAGGGUCCCGAUUCGGGAGGGCCCGCCGCGCGCGUAA